UUCAGUCCACCCUGAUCUCUAGCUAUUUCACUGCAUCGGUGUCUAUAUCUGUUUACUUGGAAUUAUUUUUCUGUUUGUGAGCUUGAGCUAAAAUUCCCAGGACGGUUUGUGGCUGACAUCACAUGACAAUAGUUCUGAUUACUCUAGAUACCUGCAAGAUGAAUUUUAUAUUUUAUUUAUGAGCACAGGUUCUACUUCAUGCACAUCUUUCAGCAAGGACUCGGGAUGGCCAAUGUGUUUGCAUAUCAGAGCUCUCAGAUUGACUGGUGUGAAGACAAUUUUCAGUUUUCAGAGAAAGUUGCUGAGUUUUACAACACGAUCAGCAGUGUGAGUUUCUUCAUAUCGUCUCCUAUAAUGAUGUAUCUAUUACAUCCAUAUGCUCAGAAAAGGUCCAGAGCUGUGUAUCUCAUCUGGGUCAUGAUUAUGUUUGUAGGAGUUUUCUCAGCAUACUACCACAUGACCCUGAGCUACUUUGGUCAGUUAUUAGAUGAAUUAUCCAUCCUGUGGGUCUUAGCAAUUGGUUACAUGCUAUGGUUUCCCAGAAGACACAUGGCAACAUUCAUCAAAACCAGGAAGUCCUUUUCACUGAUUGUCUUUCUUGCUGCAUUGCUGAGCACAAUCCUGUCAUUUUUUAAACCAACAGUGAAUGCUUAUGCACUGAACUGUGUUGCCUUACACAUUAUUUAUGUGAUUUCACUUGAAUUGAAAAGAUGCACGGAUCAAAGAAUAAUUAACCUAGCCAUUGUGACUGUGGCCUGGUGGUUUGUGGCGAUUUCUUGCUGGCUAAGUGAUCGCUUACUCUGUGGUUUCUGGAGACAGAUAAAUUUUUACUACCUCCAUAGUUUCUGGCACGUGCUGAUUAAUAUCGCAGUUGUCCAUGGCACAACAUUGUUUGCAUAUUUUGAUGCAUUUUAUGAAAUUCCAGAGACCAACCCAGAAGUCAAAUAUUGGCCUGUAGACUCGCAAUGGUUGGGUCUACCAUACCUUGCAAUUGGAGACAAGGAUCAUCUCCGAAAGUCCUGCUGAAGGGGUUAUAUGUUCUUAAAUUAUACAAUAUAUUUUAUCAUUCAGUUCCUACAUAUAAUAUUUUAAUAAUGCCACUGUGGGAUCUUAAUGAUGGUGGGCACAAGGAACCUGAUCUGAAAUGAUACAUUUGUCUUUUACUUACACAGUUCACAGUACUGUUGGCCAUGCAUUAUUAGAAGAUUGUGUUAGUUUUUAAAAUCUGGAGGAUUUAUUUCUAUUUUAGUUAUUUUGAAUUUAUGUUUUUUUUUCCUGUGAUUUCAGGUGAAGACCAGAGAUUAUACUUAUAAAUAUUUUUGGGCCCAAUGUCAGUAUACAGCACUGUUCAGUAAAAUAUGACAUGGGUUAUCAGCAGGUAAAAUAAUGUAAUAUUCCACUUUCCAAAACCAGCCAUCCUAAUGGAAUUCCUGAAGAACAAAAGGCACAGUAAUCUGAGUAAUAUUAGUAAUUUGUCCUGUGAAGCAUGGACCAGAAUGGAUUUGGGGGACAAAACACUUUUAUUCUUAACUUGGGGAAAGUAUUUAUUUUAAUUAUGAUUGGAUAUCUGUUAAUUACAUAACAGGCAUGCACAUCCUUUGUAGUGUGUCUUCUGACAAAACAAAAUUUGUCAAUAUGAUUAUAUACCACUGCAUUGCAAUGCAGGAUUAAUGAGCCACAAGUAUAAGUAUUGAUGCAUUUGCAUCCCAGGUGCACUUGUUAUAGUACAAUCUGCCUGUAAAGCGUGUAAGACACUUUUCACUGUAACUCAGUAUUUGUGACAAUAAUAAG